AUGAAAGUCAAAAGACUCUCAAUUGCUCAUAAUGGGACCACCCAGGAUGGGUAUCUCAUGGAAAGCCAUGAAACUUCUCUUCUUUUUGAUCCUCCAUCAAAAGUUCUGGACAGUGAUGUUGAGCUAUGCGGCAUUUCCGACCGAGGCUAUAUUGAAAUAGAAGUGAUCAAAGAAUAUCCUCCCGACAUUACCGGUAUAUUUAUUACGAAUAGUAACUCUCUCUCUGUUUUUUUCGUAGAAAGCGAUGUAACUAUUUACUUAACAGACUAUAUUUAUCUUCAAAUGAAAGAAAGAUUAAAGUAUUAUGUAUCCUUGGGGCCAAUCACAAGAAAAAAACAUCAACCACAGCCCCACACCAAAAUAGUGUCAAUAUCAGAGUAUAAAGAAAUUUCACGGCGGGUGAAGAUAAUACGGCACAACCAGGUAAUUAACUUUACAUACUUAUCUAUUACAGCCCAGGCAGCAGGGCUAUCCCUUGGCUGGAUUAUGUAUGCAGUUGCACAGGACAAAGAAAAAAUAUGCGCGUAUGCAUAUGGUAUACCAGGAGGAAGUUCACUUGCCCAUGAAAUGAAACCAUCAAAAACCCCUGUAUCAUUGAUUGUAAACCAGUUCUUAGAUAACAAACCAAAAAACAUUCAAGAUUUAUCAAAAGAGAUUCUAGCCUUGUCACUUAAAAAAGAGUCGUUUGUCGUUACAAUGGACAUUCUGAACCAUUCUGUGGAAAUGUCUCUGCAUAUUCUAAGCCUGGUUAAAGCUAGGAAUGUAUACGUAGCACACCCCGGAUUUAAGAAAAUAAUGCAGCUGUAUGAAAUGAAGAAAGACGCAUUUGCUGAUAGGUUUAUGGAAGAAUCAUCAAUUACGUCAACACUUUUUAGCACACCUCGACUUAAUGCGGCAAGCGCCCACAAAAUAUCUCGGGCACUAAAAGAAGAAAGCAUAAUAAUUUUGUGCGAGCCAUCUCUAUAUCAGCUUUUCUUUAAAAACCUGCCAGUAAUCCAUCUUUCGGAUUACUGCAUAAAGUUUAUUGGUAAUAUGGAAGAUGCGCUGAAACUGCCCUGGGUAGAAAAGCUUUAUGUGAAUCCCAUUGCACGAAAUCAUAAUCUGGAAAAAAAAUACGAUCUGCCUGUUGAGGAUACUUCUAAAGAUGGUAUAUGUGUUUCUGAGGAUAAGCUGUAUAGUAUAAAAAUCCACAACACACACAAUAUUCAUGUAGUGAGCAGGAGCAAAGACUCACUGACUCUUCACUUCUCAGGGGACUUCAACGAAAACAUAUCCGGCCUUUCUUUGGACUGCAAGGAAUCAAAGUUACAGAAAAUUCUAUCCCAUACUAUAGCUAAUAGAUCGGUAGUUAAUGACACUUUGGUUUGUGAUAUUGAUGACAAAGUUUUUAAAAUAAAGGAAGAGGGCGGGGUUGUGCAAGUAAGGAAAGAGAAGCCAACAAGCAAAUAAAUUCAGAAUUAC